GAGCUUCCCUUGUAGGAGGGUGUUGCAGAACAACUCCAAACACCAUUCAAGCUAUAUACAGGACCCUCUCCAAUAGAUCUCAUGCUUAACCAAUGCAAUAAUUAGACUGACUUGAAGUGGAUGGAUCAACAUUUCCUAUGUAUAGAACCAAAAUACUGAGUGGGUUUGGAUUAGGGGUUUUCAAGUUUUUAUCCAAAGAGAUCUUCCUGCUGAAAGAUGUGCCUGCCAUGAAGGUUGAGUUGCUGUUUGUAAUUGAUAGGACAUGUUUCAUUAAAUCCCUUAUAGAGAGCUUGCCACCUGCCUUGCUGCUUGGCUUCAAGGAAGCAGAAGUUCAAUGGGUAGAUUCAAAUCUGAGAGAACUGGGUUCUCCUAUUUUCAAUGAGAUUGUGAGGCCGGAGUUUCGAUGAACAUUAGUAGUAAGUGCUCAUGUAUAUAGUAUUAAUCAUGAUCAGUAUCACUGCUAAAUGGUCCCAGAAGAAAAAUGAUCUAGCUGAGCUGCAAAAACAUGGCUUCAGAGAUUCAUUUUUUGGGGGAAGCAAGCAAAACCAAACAGGGCCAAAAUAGGUAGAUUUAAUUUUUAGUCCAACACUUUCUUUUUGUUUCAAUGUUAUCCUUUAGUCUUGUUCAAUAUUUUGAAAAUGGUUCCUCUCCUCCCUUAAAACAAAGGUCAAUUAACCAUCUGCGUUUUCUUUCUUUCUUUCUUUCUUUCUUUCUUUCUUUCUUUCUUUCUUUCUUUCUUUCUCUUGUAUGCAUUUGUAGGGCAUUGUUGUAUGAAACAAUACAAACUAUUACUAGAA